AUGAAUAAAUAUAGCUUAGCUUUUAAGGAUGCAUAAAUAGAAAGAAAAUAUUAAAGAUAACUCAUAAAAGUAAGAAGAUGGAGUACAUUUUGCUUUGUGACACUAGGUCUGAUAAUAAUAUUUGUAAUAAAAUGUUUUUAGGCAGGAGUUGAAGGAAAUAUAACUUAGUUACUCAGUAACGUAAUUUUAAUAAGUUAUUUCUUUGUUUAAUUGUUAUUCAUUAAAUUUUAUCCAUAAUAUAUAAGAUUAGCUUUAGUUUUAAUAAAUCAUAUAAUGAACAUAUAUUUAUUUGCUUAAGAAAGUAAAAAAGAUUCUUAGAUGGCUAUGUUAUAGGGUAUAAAUUAAAUGGGGGCAACAUAUUUAUUGGUCUUGAUUGGAGAAUAUCUUGAUGGCAUUAUAACAUUAAUCAAUUUAAGUAUAUUUAGAAUAGGAUGGGCUAUAGUAUAUAGUUCUUAAAUAUAAAUUUCAGCAAUAGUAUCAACAAUUUUACUUAUAUUUUAUGUCAUCUAUUUUAAUUACUAAUUUCAUAAAGGAAUAAGGUCUUAGUUUUUAUUAUCAUAUGUUGAUUCAAAUUUUGAAGAAAUAUUAAAAAAACUAUCAUUUGAAUUUCCAUUUAUGAUAAUAUAAUUUUAAGAAGAAAAUCUAAGUUAUUAAAUUUCAACUACAAAUAAGUGUGAGUCCAUAUUUUAAAAUUCAUAAGAAUCUUAUGAUUUUAUGAACAAUAGUUUAAUUGAAAAUAUUCCAUUCAAAACUUAUUUAUUUAAAUUAAUUACUAAUUAUAAUAAGGAUCAUUCAGCCAAUUGUAAUAAUGAAUUUGUACUCAGAUAUUAGAAAAAGUCUUUUUUGAUUACUUCGACAAUAUUUUAAACUAAUUCAUUAAAAGUUUUGUUAACUUUCAAAGAGUUUAAUAAAGUGAAUAUUUUGUCCAGAAAUUAUAUAUAUGAUAGAAAUAUAUAAUUGAUGAAACUAAUAUUUAAAUUGGUAAGGCGAUUGAAAUAUUAUUCAAAUAAAAAUUAAAAAUUUGUAAUCAUAUAGAGAAAAGCUCUAAUUUUAAUAUUGAAUGAAAAUAUAAACCUAAACAAUAAUUAUAAAGAUAUCUAAGUUUUAAAUUUUAUACAAAAAUUAAUUAAAUAUUGCAGAGACUUACAUAUAAGAUUGUAAACUAAUCUUAAAGAAGAUAAAAUGAUUGGUACACAUCCAAGAUUAUUUGCAUUGAUAUUCUUCAAUAUUAUUGACAACAUAAAAAGUAAUAGAUUAAAAUUAUCUUGUAAUUAAACUAAUGAUUUUCUUUAUUAGAUAAAGUUUACAAGUGAAUUUGAUUUAGAUAAGAUUUAAAGAUUGAUCUUUCCUAAUAUUUUGAAAUACUAAAUUUUAUUUAUAGAUAUAUUUUUAAGUAAGACAGAAAUAAUUCUUGUACAUACAUGCGAAUUGAAUGUUGCAUUUGUUCUUGAUUACAAAUGA